AUGCUUUACCUACCAGACUUCAAACUGAUUUUGACCAAUCUGGAUAAAGCACUUGCUUCUGGCCUUCAGACGACAGCUAUGGUAGAAUAUCAUCCUGAUAAGAAUGAAGACACUUUUGACCAACUUCUUAUUUCAAUAGGAAAUAAAACAAUAGAGAUCUGUCUAAUUGGGUUGAUUCUAUCCUGUCAACUGAAAAUUGAGUCAGAAGUUAAUUUUGGGACAUUGGUUGCCAAUAGUAAAGUAUAUUGUAAAGAGAUUAAUAUCAUUAACCAUGGCAGAGUACCAGGUAUGUUUAAAACAGAAUACCAGGGCCAGUUACCCAUUGUCACUUUUCCAACCAGUGGUAUUGUGCAGCCCAAGUCGUCAAUGGUUAUUAAAGUGGAUUUCUGUGCAGACUGGCCCAUAAUUGUAAAUGAAGUGGCAAAAGUGAGUUUGCGAGAUCGUCCAGACAUAUUCUUGAAUGUCAAAGCUCAUGUUGUUGAGCAGAUUAUUGAAUUGUUAAACAUGAGUAAUGAUAAAAAGUUGGAAGGCAUAAGCUUUGGUCCUGUUUUCUUUGGAAUGUCAAAGAUUGAACAUGCACUUCUAUACAAUAAUAGCCCAGAACCUAUAAAUUGGGUAGCCAUAAUGCAAGAUGAUUCUGUUGGAGAAGAAUUGGGUACAAAUAUUCAACAAAGAACAGAUGUUGCUUUAAAUAAUCUAACCUACUUAAGGAAAAUAAAGAACAUAGAUAUUACCACAUUUAUCUCCUAUGUUCCUAAUGAAGGGAGGUUACAGCCUUAUCAAAAGAUUUUAAUUACAUUUUGUUUCAGCCCAAAGCUAAUCAUUAAUGGUCAAAAGGAUGAUCCUUCACACAGGCAAGACUAUGCUCUCUUUUUGAGAUUUGAGUCUGUAGGAAGUAAAGAUGGAUUUUUGAGAGAUGAUAACAAUAAAACCAUCAAAAGUGAUCGAUUUCAGAAAGUGGAAUUAGCCCUGACAGGCUCAGGACUUCCUGUCUUAUUACAGUUUGAUCCAGGAAGGGUCCUUAAUUUUGCACCUUGUUUCAUGGGUGGACGUUCAGAGAUUCAGUGUAUUAUGCAAAAUCGAUCCAAAUCACGUCCUGUGAUGUACCGCUUUAAAAAAACUGCACAUUUUAAAGUUGAUCCUCAAAAGGGCAAGAUUGAUGAAGGAUGUAUGCAGAGGGAGGGGUCCCAGGCUCUGAUAGACGGCACCAGCAGGACGCAGGGACCGCUGACCCCUGACCAGUGGGAGUCCCCGCAGAGUCCCGCCCCUGCCGUCAGCCCUCGGAGACCCCACGCCGCGCCGGAUGCGGCUCCCCCGGAUUUCCGCUUCGGAAGUGAGGAGCCCGACCGGGAGCCGCGGCGUUUGUUCGUCCGAGCGUGGGUUUUCGGGACUUGUCCGAAGCCACGCUUCCAGGUGUCCAAAUCACCUGUCAUUGGCCCACACUCCUGUCUGCUGUCCCUGACCACAGCCACCAUGCCUCGUGGUCAGAAGAGUAAGGUCCGUGCUCGUGAGGAACGCCGCCGUAACAGAGGUGAGACCCAAGGUCUUAAUGCUCAGGCCACCACAGCAGGGGUAGAAGAGACCACUUCCUCACCCGUUUCUGUUUCUCAGGGUACUCCCCCAAGCUCCGCUGCUGCUGGCACUCGCCAGGAGCCUCAGGGAGCCCCAGCCACUAGCUCUCGUGAUGCAGGGGUUUCAUGCCCAGGAUAUGAUGUACGUGCCAAGGGCCAAGUUGAAGAAAGUAAAAAUUCCUCCCAGGCCUCAACCUCCAGUGAUCCUGGAAAGGAUCUUGUAACCAGGAAGGCAGGGAUGUUGGUGCAGUUCAUGCUGUAUAAAUAUAAGAUAAAGGAGCCCAUUAAAAAGGGAGAAAAGCUGAAGAUUGUCAACAAAAGCAAACUAGAUCUCACUGAUGAUGGGCGUCGGAGCAGUGGCGGGCAGUUUCGGAAGAAUGGGCCCCUGAUGCCUGUCCUCGGUGUGAUCUUCUUGCAUGGCGACCGCGCCUCUGAGGAGGAGAUCUGGGAAUUCCUGAAUGUUUUGGGUGUUUUUGAUGGAAAGAGGCACUUCAUCUUGGUGGAGCCCAGGAAGCUUAUCACAGAAGAUUUGAUCACCCCGCUGUCCUACCUGCGCUCCUGCCUUUUGUCCCUGACCACAGUCACCAUGCCUCGGGGGCGGAAGAGUAAGCUCCGCACCCGCGAGAGACGCUGCCAGGCCCAAAGUGGGACCCAGGGUCUGACGGGUGCUCAGGCCACUGCAGCUGAGGAGGAAGCCACCUCGUCUUCAUGUCCUUCUCUUGGGGUUACUACUCGGAGAAAGCCGGGUGCUAAGUCACGUAGCACUCGCAAGAGUCCUCAGGGGGCCCUAGCCACCACCACUAAUCCUGCAGGUGUUUCUCCCGCAAGAUCAAACAAAGGAGCCAAAGGCCAAAUGAAGAAAAAGCACAGUUCCUCUCAGGCCCCCGUCUCCGCCGUGCGGUCUCGAAAAGGCCCUCUAAGGAGGACAGCGAGUGUGUUGGUGCAGUUCCUGGUGCACAUGUAUAAAAUGAAAAAGCCUGUUAGGAAAGCACAUAUGCUGAAGUUUAUCGCUAAGAAGUACCAAAAUCGUUUCCCUGAGAUCCUCAGAAGAGCUUCCUUCAGCAUGGAGAUGCUAUUUGGUGUUGACUUAAAGGAGGUCGACCGUACCAAGCAUACUUAUACCUUUGUCAGCAAAAUGGCUCUCCCCAACGAUGGGACCAUGAGCCGUGGCAGCGGGUUACCCAAGACCGGUCUCCUGAUGUACAUUCUGGCUGUGAUCCUCAUGAAGGGCAACUGCGCCACAGAGGAGAAUAUCUGGGAAUUCCUGAAUAAGAUGAGAGUCUAUGCUGGGAAGAGGCACUUCAUAUUUGGGGAGCCCAAGAAGCUCAUCACCCAAGAUUGGGUGAAGCUGAAGUAUUUGGAAUACCGGCAAGUGGCCAACAGUGAUCCAGCGCGCUACGAGUUCCUGUGGGGCCCGAGAGCCCAUGCCGAAACCAGCAAGAUGAAAGUCCUGGAGUUCCUGGCCAAGGUCAAUCACACCGUCCCCAGUGCCUUCCAGUCUUGGUAUGAAGAGGCUUUGAAAGAUGAGGAAGAGAGAGCCCAAGCCAGUGGAUGUUCCAGUGUUCUGUCCAGCUCCUCCCACACAGAAUCUGAGCACAUCCAUCCUGCCUUGCGUUACAACUUCCCUACUUCACAUCACUCCUGGGACGGAGACCCAGUCUCUGAAGGGUUUGCAAUAGGGAAACCGGUCAAGAGUUUGCAGGGAUGGGCCCUUUCCCAGGAAGCCUUUAAUCAAGAAACAGGAGCCACGAUGAAGGGCCCCUUACGGGUGGCCUGGGGAGAGCAACAUGCCAGAAAUAUAAAAGAGCCCAUCAUGAAGGUAGACAUGCUGAAGGUUGUCAACAAAAUGUACAGGAAACAAUUCCCUGAGAUCCUAAGGAGAGCCACUGAGCACAUGGAACUGGUCUGCGGCCUUGACUUGAAGGAAGUCAAGCCGAGUGGUGAUUCCUAUGCCCUUGUCAGCAAGCUAGAUCUCACCGAUGAUGGGCGUCGGAGCAGUGGCGGGCGGUUUCGGAAGAAUGGGCCCCUGAUGCCUGUCCUCGGUGUGAUCUUCUUGCAUGGCGACCGCGCCUCUGAGGAGGAGAUCUGGGAAUUCCUGAAUGUUUUGGGUGUUUUUGAUGGAAAGAGGCACUUCAUCUUGGUGGAGCCCAGGAAGCUUAUCACAGAAGAUUUGGUGCAGGAAAAUACCUGCUGUAUCAUCAGAUGCAGGGAGGGGUCCCGGGCUCUGAUAGACGGCACCGGCAGGAGGCAGGGGCCGCUGAACCCCGAACAGUGGGCGUUCCCACAGAGUCCCGCCCCUACCGUCAGCCCUCGGAUACCCCACGCAGCGCCGGAUGCGGCUCCCCCGGAUUUCCGCUUCGGAAGCGAGGAGCCCGACCGGGAGCUGCGGCGUUUGUUUGUCCGAGUGUGGGUUUUCAGGACUCGUCCGGAGCCACGGUUCCAGCAUCACCUGCUCUCCUGCCCGCUCCCCCGCUUGCUGUCCCUGCCCAUAGUCAUGCCUCGGGGGCAGAAGAGUAAGCUUCGUGUCCGCGAGAAGCGCCACCAGGCCCGGAGGGAGACCCAGAAUCUUGGGGGUGCUCAGGCCACUGCAGCACAGAGAGAAGAGUCGCCCUCGUGCCCCUCUUCUCCUUCUCGGGGUACUCCCCCGAGCUCCCCUGCUGCUGGCACUCGCCAGGAGCCUCAGGGAGCCCCAGCCACUAGCUCUCGUGCUGCAGGGGUUUCAGGCCCAGGAUCUGAUGUGCGUGCCAAGGUCCGGGUUGAGGCAAGGAGAAAUUCCUCCCAGCCUUCAGCCUCCGGUGAGAGCUUUCAGAGAGAUCCUCUGAUCAAGAAGGUGGGAAUGUUGAUAGAAUUCCUGCUGGAGAAGUAUACAGUGGAAGAGCCCAUUAUAAAGGCAGACUUGCUGAAGCUUGUGAACAAAAGGUACAAGAGGAAGUUCCCUGAGAUCCUCAGGAGAGCUGCUGAGUGCGUUCAGCUGGUCUUUGGUCUUGAGUUGAAGGAAGUCAAGCCGGGUGGUGAUUCCUAUGCCCUUGUCAGCAAGCUACAUGUCAGCGAUGAUGGGCGUCAGAGCAGUGGCGGGCGGUUUCGGAAGAAUGGGCUUCUGAUGCUUGUCCUCGGUGUGAUCUUCUUGCAUGGCGACCGCGCCUCUGAGGAGGAGAUCUGGGAAUUCCUGAAUGGUUUGGGUGUUUAUGUUGGAAGGUGUCACAUAAUCUUUGGGGAGCCCAGGAAGCUUAUCACAGAAGAUCUGGUGCAGGAAAAGUACCUGGUGUAUCGUCAGGUGUGCGACAGCGAUCUCCCGUGCUAUGAGCUCCUGUGGGGCCGGAGAGCCCACGCUGAAACCAGCAAGAUGAAAGUCCUGGAGUUUAUGGCCAAGGUGACUGGUACCGUCCCCAGUGCCUUACCAGAUCUCUAUGAGGAGGCUCUGAAAGAUGAGGAAGAGAGAGCCCGAGCCCGAGCCCGAGCCCGAGCCGCAGCCAGGGCUGGUACUCGAGUCAAGGCCAGUGCGCCUUCCAAGAAUGUUUCUUUAGAUUCAGAAUCCAAGUUUAUAAAUGACAUGGAUCACAUAUUUGUUGUUGUUUAUCAGGUUGAAGCGCUGCACUCAGCUCCCGGAGGCACGGACAGCCCAUAUGCCCUGCCCUCCCCUGACUCGGAGCAUCCCGACUCCCCGCAGAUCCUGUUCGUCACCGUGGACCCCUGGGACAGCAGCUGCUCUUUCCAUGGACGGGAAGGAGGAGAGUACAGAGGUGCUGAGAAAUUAGCAAUGCCUCGAUGUGGUUACCAAGCGGACAUCAGUAUUAAGGAGGAGGAGGAAGUCUUGGAUCGCUCCCAGUUUUUGACUCUAAGACGGGAAUUCACAGACACUGCAUUUCCUGACAUAUAUUCCUUGGAGUUAGAGAGAGAGACAUCUCUGGAGUGUGGCCUAGCAUUUUCUCCCGAAGAAGUGGCAACUUACGACUUUAGCAUUCAAGUUCGAAUUAAUUUCUUCGCAGCUUCAGAACUUUACACUCAGUGUUGUUUGUCAGACUCUCCUAUGAUUCCAAAAACAGCACCACUUAUUCGACCAUGUUACGUUCAAGCUACUGUGUUGCAAGCACCAGUGACAUUUUCCAGCACUGAUUUUAUAUUUGAAAUCCCAUUACAUACUAUGGAUCCUAAUAAAAGUGUCACAAAAACUCAGGAUCUUAUUUUACAUAAUACUUCAAAAAAAGAUUUAGAGUGGAAUUUGGAUACUAAUAAUACUGGUAAACUUUUCGAAGAUGGCAUAUUCAAAUUUAGCAUACUCAGUGGGACUCUGCGACCAAUUGAAGAGUGUAAUGUUUCUAUAAAUUUCUGUCCAGAACAGCCUAGAAAAUACACAGCUGAUAUUCCUAUACAUUUAAAUGAUAAUCCAGUUUGCUAUCGAAUGUUAUGUCUGGUUGGAGAGGUAAAAUUACCCAAGUUAUUGUUUGACCCUCCUUUCAUAUUUUUUAAUCCUGUUCCUUUGGAUGUAACAACUGUGAUGGAUGUCAACAUUUUACCUCAAAACUAUUUCAGGCUUCUUGAUGGUGACGUGAUUCAACCUCUUUCUGUGAAUUUUCCAAAAGGCAGAGUCGUUAUGUGCUCUCCCAGUGGAAUUAAUGCUGCGCUCACCUGUCAUCUCAGCUUCAAAUCAUCUAAACCUGUGUCAUUUUUCACCAGUGUUCUUUUCUGCGAUAGCAGGGCAAAUACAUGUCUAUCAGGAUAUGUUAGCUGUGAUAAAAUUCUUCAACAUUUAGAAAGUAGCAGUAUGGUUAAUAGAAUUGGUGCUCAAGGAGCAUGUAUUUCUCAUAUACUGCCAGAAUUUCUGCUUGAACCAGAAGAUUGUAAGAAGUGGAUUGAAAUUACAUCUUCCACUAAUACCUUGCCCAAGUUUUCCAAUAUACCUAAGGAAGAGCAUUCUAUUGUUACAGAUAUUACAAAGUUUGAAACCUGGAGUAAACGGGCAUGGACAGAUGUAUUCCUUCAGACAUACAAGGUUCUGGUACUAUACCGAGUUAUACCACAUAGCAUCAAUAAUCUGCGCCCUGUACAUGGACAAAAUUCACCAAAAGUCAAUCCUUGUUUUGCGUCCAGCAACAUAUAUUCUAAUCCUGAAAGGAUUCUGCUUAGUUUGAUGAACACAAAUUAUGAGAACAGCUGACAUGUUAUUUGGAAAAACUGUCCCAAAGUUUUCUACCCUGCCGAGGCUCCCCCUUUUCCCCCUAAUAAUCUCCUCCCCAGGCACCUUUAUUGGUUAGCCUUACUGCUUAUUGACAGAACAAGAAAGAAUAAACCUUUGUGUUCUUUCAAAGAAGGAAAAGAAUGUUUUCAGGAAUGUGGACUAGCAGAUGAUCAAAGGGGCUGUCAUUAUUCUGUGGCUACUGAUAUCUGUGAUCCCAAUCCAAUCCUGAUGCUCAUGUUUUGUGUCUGCACGUAUGAAAGACUUCCUGCAUAUCUCCCCAAGAAGGUGGUGCCCUUUCAUUGUACUCUUCAUGACACUGUGUUGAGAGAGAUCCUACUGAAAAAUUCAAGCUUGAAAAACUUAGUGUAUAAUGCUACAAUUAUCGGAAGAGAUGCCACUGACUUCUUCCUCUCCCAAGGGAAGGUUGUGACAGUUUCUCCAAAGUAAAAACCAAAUUACUGUUUGGUUUGAACUCUGAAAUUUACCAGUCGCUUCCUCCAUCCUGCUGAAGCUUCACUGCUAUUAAUUUCAAAACCUAAGAGUGGAGCAGGAGGUACUAUGCUGACUUUUGCUCUCAAGGGUGAAGUCCUCAAUUUUAAAGCCAUCGCAAGUAUAAAAUGCAAAUCUCCGUGUUAUAAAUGGAAAGAAAUCAUUGUGAAUGUUAAAAAUCCCUUCCACGCUGCUGGGAACUUCAGUGUCAUUUUUGUGGAAUCCUCAACAUUUAUCUCUUUGCCAUCCCAAUUAACUGAAGUUGGAGAAUUUGUUGACCACAUGAAUGAUGGCGGUGCUGUGAGUAGCAGUGAACAUGAUGUUGCUGAGGGCUGUUCCCAGGCCCCAGAUGCCUUAAAAACCUUAAUUAAGUCCAAUUUCAUCAAAGAGUUCUUCUGCUCUACACAUACUCUUCACCUGGGAGCGAAAGGGACUUCAAGCUUGGAGGUCUUCUUUCUCCCCUUUGGCAUGCACACUCGCUACUGUGUCAUCAUCCUCAGCGACAAAAAGAUUGGAGAAUUAAUAUAUGCUUUGGAAGGAAGAGGUAUGAUCCCCUUGCCUUCCAGAUUCUUUCCAAUGGAUUCUUCAACUCCGCUUGACCAUAGCAGUUCUCCAGAAGAAGUGCUUAAUAAGGAAGAUCCAGUUCUGUAUUUGAAAUGUAAGCUCCGUCAAAUCCUGGAUGUGGACCUUAAAUUGCCACUGACUAAUGAAGCCAAGGAGAAGGCCUUGGCUUUUGCAGCACAGCAGCAGAUGUCGAAGAUAGAGUAUGAGAGAAGGUUGAUCACGGGCACUCUGGAGAGCAGUAGCAUCCGCUUGGCCAUCACCCUCCUGGGGCUGACCAAGAUCGAGAUUUGUAUGCUCUUUAAUAUCUCAAAGUUGAAGAAGCCAAAGUCCAUUUUAUACAAAACAGAGCUGAGCCUUCCAGAACAUUUUGAUAUCCCCAAGACAAUCUGCAUUCCUUGGAUUCCGGAAACUCAAGCUAAAUUGAUUCAAUAUCAAGGAACUAAAUCUGCAGAAAAAACAGUUACAGAUGGAUCUGUUCCAGUUCCUUUACGAUUUGUUCCUCUCAGUCCUGGACACUACCCUUGUAAAAUCUUGUUGACAUCAAGGUAUGAUGUGCAUGUCUAUUGCAUUGAAGGUGUGGUAAAUGAAGAAUGUCCAGAGGCCAGAUUUGAUUUUGAAACACCAGCAUUUGAAGCCCUUACCCAGAAUAUUCCAAUAAAUAAUAAAACAAAGAAUGAAUGGAAAUGUCAAGUUACUAUAGAAGGAGAAUGGUUUUAUGGACCUCCUGUUUUACAUGUUGGACCAAGUGAGACUGUGAAUUAUCCUCUCACAUUCAAACCUAUUUUGGAAUGUGAGAUUAUGGGCAAACUUACUCUACAAAAUGAAGUAGAUGGUAUGGAGCAUAUCUUUGACAUAAAAGGGAUUGGAAAAAGACCGCUGGCCUUGGAACACAUCACCGUAGACUAUCAAGUGGGGGAGAUAACAAAUAAACCCAUAAUGAUGCCCAAUUAUACAACAAGCAUCCUAACAUUUAAGGUAAGAUUUUGUUUAGAAAUUCUCUGGUCCGCCUGCCUACACAUCACCAUAGACCCUGAUAAUGCAAUACUCUAUAUUCUACACGUAUGUCCUUGGAAACGUGGUGUAUUCAAAGGUACAAUUUCGUUUUCCGUUAAAAGCAGGAAAAAUGGUGAUUCUCAGGAAGACUCAAAUGAAGAUAAAGAUAGAGAUCUAAUACCCUCCUUUGAGAAGUCAUUAUUGGAACCAUCUGACAAGUUUGAUGAGGAAAAACCAGAUGAUGCUAUUAGCAGUUUACAAAUCUGGUAUUAUCUUGAAAUCCAUAGUGCUCCUGGACCACCCUUAAACACUAUUGAAGUGAAAUGUAUUGCUCUGGAGAGUGUUUGUAUUGAAAUACGUCUCUUUAAUCCAGAAGAGAAAAUUAUUCACUUAAAUGUGCAGUUAUCGAGUGCUGCCGUUAGUGGACUCAAGGAACUUGUACUAUUUCCACUAGAUUCUCUCAACUGUGUUGUACGGUAUUCUCCAGUGACUACAGGCUAUAGAGAACAAAGGUUUGUCACUCAGAUAAUUCCUUUAGAUAAUCCUACACACGAAACCUUAGAAUUGGAAGCAACAAACAGUAAUCCUGAUAAUUUUGUCCUGGAGAUUAACAGAUCACAGCUGAUCACACCACCUCACUCCACCAAAGACAUAUCUGUUCACUUUCGUCCUUCUGCUCUUGGAGGAGCUGGUCAUCAGACUUCUGUCACCUUCCACUGUGCUCAGUUUAAAGAAUGGAUAUUCUACAUCUCUGGAAUAGGACUAUUCCCCCAGCCUCUAGAAAUAGAAAGAAUGACCACAUACCUUCGUCUUCAAUCAUCUGUUCUUAUACCUUUCCAAAAUCCCACCGAAGAAGAUGUUUUAAUCGAUAUCAUACUAAUAGUUCUGGAAUACAACAGGAUGUUAGUUAGAGACCAUCACUAUGAACAUUUCUUCAAUUCUUCCAGCCUCUUCAGGAGAACCUCCUUGGCUCAGGUUACAGGAAUUGCAUUGCCUCCUAAAGGGACUGUAGAUAUCCAGGUGUUAUUUGUGCCCCAGGUUAUGAAAUUACAAAAAACAAUGGUCAUUGUUCAAAUGAAGAAGGCAAGUGGAGAAAGGUGGCCUGUUGACAAUUUUAAAGAAUUGCACACAGAGGUGAAAAGAGCUUUGGGGAUAGACAGUGAAGAAAUCCCAGGAAUAUGCUGGAUAUACCCUAUUCUUGGAUUCCCACAGGCACCACAUCCUAAAUUCCCCCAAGUUGUCAUAAAAUGUCAAUCCAGGAAGUGGGUAGAAGAGGAGGUGGAAGUCACAUUGGAUGGAGAUUUUUGGGGACAAAAUCCUAUCUUAGAUCUGACAGACUUUGUAGUGAUUCCAAAAAGAAAAUCAUAUGAUUCUUAUGAAGAUAUCAAAGAUAUACCUGUAAAACGUGAAUUUGAAUAUGAAAUUCAAUUUGAAUCUGAAGCUGUGAAGGCUAAUUUGGAAUCCUGCGUGGCUUUAUAUUACAUUAAAAAAUCUUAUAAUAUCAAGGCUGAAAGGGUAACAUUGGUCUUCAGUCUGAUAUUUGCACCAAAGAAACCACUGAGAAAUCCCGAGCCAUUCACGGCAUACUUCCUACCUGGCAGUGAUCCUGAGUUUUUUGUAAAACCUCAGGUUGGAGAACUUCUUCCUUUUGACACUGAAGGAACUCUAAUCGUUGUGGGUUUUAAACCCAAAAUGUACAGCAGGAAAUACAAAGCAACGUUAGCAAUACAGAUUAGAUCUUCCUCCAGUGUUCAAGCUGUAUUCACACUCUGCACCCUGAUUCAGCCAGGUACACGUUAG